ACAUACUGCUUUUACUAGCCUGAAAUAUUAAGUUUACAAAAGCUUGUAUCGUAGGGCUAGAUAGAGAAAGCCUUUUGUGUCUAUCCGCGUUAAGGCCGCUGAGCAUACCCGGACAGGAUGCCUCGAAGAACCGGAUACACAACUACAAAUGCUGUAAGCACACUCGUCCUGGGCGACCCGGAAGCGGGGACAACUACCUGGAGCACGGAGUAUGACGAGGAGUUUGCGGAUAGCCCGACUGACAAGCAAGUCCGUGCUGAACAUGCGUGGACGACCGGAAGGUCUUCGUUACGGACGCCGCGCUCCCUGAAAAAGGGCUACGUCUAUGGCCGGGACUACGAGCAACUUGACGAACAGUACUGCCAGAUGCUGGCAGCUUACAACGACCUCCAGGCGCAGCUUGCUGCCCUUGAGCGCCGCAUGGCAUCCAUGCGCGGCAGCGAGCACCUGGUCAUGCGAACCGUUGAGGAACAGCACGGCAUCCUGGAAACGCUGCGACAGCAGGUGUCAAGCCUAACCGACAACCUGGGGCGUAUGCUGAAUGGCGUUGAACGCAACCGUGCUGUGUUGACGGGCCUCCUGGGCAAGUCCUCGCUGGACUCCCAGUUCCCAAGCAGGACCUCCCUGGGGGGCUACACGGACCCCGGAGAGGCUGCAGAUCGAGACGAGGUGCUAUCACGUGCGGGUUCGGAGCUCUCCGUGCGGCUAGCUCACAUGGACGCCAAACUAGGCAACAUGGCGGACGCCCUCGCCAGCCUCAGCAGCCAGCGGAACGCCGCCGCUGCGCCGCCACGUCCCUCGACACCGUCGCGGCCAGCAGCCCCGACGGCGGCCCAGCGACCGGGCACUCCCUCCCGGCCUUCCACGCCGCAACGGGGAUCGCCACGCGCUUUGCCGCGUACAUCUUCGGCCGGACAGCAACACCCCGCCUACAACUACCAGCACCCGCAGCAGCAGAGGCCUAAGUUGCAGCGGCAGCAGUCGUACCAACAGCACCCACAGCAGCAGCUCGAGUGGGAGCAGCAGCCGCAGCCUCAGCAGCAGCUAUGGCAGCCGAACUCAACACCUCGGCAGGCAUGGCAGCCGCAGCCGCAGCCGCAGCCGCAGCCGCAGCCGCACUUUUACUCUCCGGCUGCCUCUCAGCAGCUGCCCUGGCAGCAUCCGCCUGCGUCCCCGAAGCAAGCGCGGGACUACCCGCACCACCCGCAACACUACCAGCACCCAGAUCCGACGCCGUUUGAAGAGGUCUGGCAGCAGCACCAGCAGCACCAGCCGCAGCGGCCGCAGUCGCAAUCCGGGCAGUCGGGUUAUCAUCAUCAGCAGCAGCAGCAGCAGCAGCAGGGACGUCCGCGCACCCCGCAGCAGCAGCGGCGGCGGACGAGUGAGGUCGGGGUGAACGGGCGGUGGGACCAUCUGGGGGGCAGGAUGAGCCACGAGAAGAUCGAGCGCAUGCCCACACCCGCCCAGCUCGCAACGAAGAACGGAUUCUGGAAGCCCUGAGGGUCCUCGCGCCCUCUUCCUGACAAGAGGUGACGAUCGCUGGUUUCUCGAUUAGUUGUGUCUUUUUAUCUUUAUCGGGCGAAUCGGCCCCUGAUGGAUGUCGUAACGGAGGACGCAACAGCUGUAAGCUGGUUUUGCCGGGCUUGAUGCUCCGUACAACCGUACGACGUGGUUGAUUUGGGUCUCAGAUAUGAUUCCAGCAGCAACUUCUUCCUUGAUCCUCCUUGACCUGACCAUUCAUCACCAGCCCCAAAUGUGGAGUGGGUUUACCCUGGCUUGAACACCAGCCAGGAUAGGUACUGUGACUUUCUUUGUUUUUCUUGGGGUUUGGUACAAAAGGUGGCAUAUACGUUUCUGCGAAGUACUGGCUCAUGCAAGCAAGUGGGAAAGGUUUCCACAUGCAGACAUGCUUGUGCACGGGCGGAUGCGGGUGAAGGGAGGGUUGGGACUGGCGGAUCGGCCACCCGUGUGACCUAACUGCGCAUUAUCAACAAUAUUUGUUUUGCUGCUUACCUGGGUUUCGCUGGCGGUUAAAUAGGAACGUAUAUUACCUUUCUCGUGUCUCCAGCCACACGCACGUUCCUUCCGUGACUUGUGUCUGGGGUGCAUUUGGUUGGCAACAGAACCCGCCGAGAAAGGGUGACGGAGUACUUAAGUGACUGACCUUCUUGCUUGCUAUCCAAUCUUGGACAACGUGACAAGCCCCGUUAUUAGUCGCACCGCGCGCGUGCGCUGUGAAGCAUGUGCGAUGUGUGUUGCGAAGGGGAUGGAAGGGAAUGACACACGCGCGCUUGGGUACCUUGUGUGUUGACGACUUGAGGUCUGGUUGAGAGUGUCGAAGUCUAGAGUUGGAAACGGGAUGCCGUUUUGAGCAUACCUAUACUUGCUGGUGCUCUUGUUCCCUUGUGUUUCAGCAAUGAUAACCUCCCAAGUGUUGGGGUGCUGGUGUGAAGCUGCCCUUACGGCAUGCAAGUUAGCAUGAACAGCGGAUGUUUCUUGCAGCAAACCCUGUGGUCCGUAAACUGGGGUUACUCAGUGCGUUUGCUCUGUAUAGCUCUGUACUGUGUGCUCUGGCAUACGUUCAAGUCACUUGCGUUGCGUUGCGUUGUGAUGGUGAUGGAACACUCGUGUUUGCGGUGAGUGUUGCUGACGCCGCCGGUAACUUGCGGCGUGGGGUUACCGUAUUUGUGCAUUCUAGUGUGGAUCUAUCGUCCUCCUGCUGACAAGGGGGUUCAGCAGCACUGCAGCACGCUUUACAUGCUGGCCAAAGUGUAACAUGGCGUUGCAUCAA